AUGGCAGCUGCAAGCUUUCCCCGCCUUGGUGUGGCUCGCGUGGUUUGCUGGGUAGGGUUGCAGGGCAGAAUUGUGAGGUUGCAGUUCUUGUUUACCCAUGAUUAUGUGAUUGAACCUGUGAGAGAGAUGGAUGUCCACGUCGAAAAUAGACACACUGCGUGGGAUGUUGAACAGCGUGGACAAAAGGGACAAGCCACCUUCUCAGGCCGGUCAAGAUGA